AUGGCCACAAAAGUUAAAAACUCAUUCCCAGAAUGCCAAGGAAAGCUAGUUGAAAAGAAAUCCGGAUUUCAGGCACCCUCAAUCAAUUCUAGAGAAGUGAAAGCAGGAGAAUUCUUUUGUAUAUAUGGAGCAGCUAUGGUAGCAUCAAAUUCAAAUAUCAGUGCCAGUUCUUAUUUUACAAAAGUCUUCAGAGAUAAAAGUCUUGUAAUUUCGGAAAAAGUUAUUCCUCAUCCAUUCAUUUUAACAAAUAAAAUAGAAAAAGAUGAUAUUGAUACUGUUGUUUAUGAUAUUGGUCAUGUUUCAAAAAUAUAUUGUGACAAGAAUUCUGCGUCAAAUUGUGAUGUCCAAUACACAUUCAUACCUCAACCUUUCAAUAUAUCUACAAUAAUUUCAAUAAAUGGCCAUUCAAUCAAAUUUAAUGAUGAACAUACUGUAAUUAUUACUUCUGGCCAAAAAUCUGUAAUGAACAAUGAUGUCUAUCUUAAAAUUGAGCAAAAUAAGAGCAUUUCAUACAAAUCCCUUUCUUUUAUAAUUACGAAUCCUGAUAUGAAAAAGCUUCAAACGAGUGGAAUUUCAAAUAAUUUCAAAUAUAAUGUUUAUAGUGAUACUAAUACAGAUUCCGCCCAUGAUAUUCUUAUUACACUUUCUUCUUCGGAUAAAUAUUAUCCACCGGCGACACCAAUGCCAACACCAUUCCAGACACCCUUUAAUACACCAUUUCAAACUCCAUUUUCAACGCCACAUGCUUCUCCAACACCAUUACCAAGUCCAUCAAGAUCGCCGCCUCCUAGAUAUCCAUUUCCAAAAAUCCCUUCACCUACAGCAUUGACAAUUCCCCACGAUAAGUUAAUAAAUGAGAUUGAUGAUAAUACAGAUCUUUUUGAUGCACCUGAUUAUUACAAAGAAUUCUUUUUCGAUUUUGAUAUUGAUUUUCAUAAUGAUAUAACAAUAGUUUCAAAACAAAUUGAUGGACAAAAAAGAUCAACUAAGAGUUAUUAUCCAGAUAAUUUUACCCAUAAUUUAGAUGCAGAAACAGUUAUCUCUAAGCAAGUGAUAGCGCCAAAAAGUGGAGAUAUAAAACCUACGCCAUCAAUACCAAGAAGUUCAAACACAGCUGUGAUUGCACUCGGAACAGUUUUGGGAAUUGUUUUAAUUAUUACUAUCUUGUUGAUUGUAGGUUUAGUUUUGAUCAUAAUGAUGAUAAAACGAUCUGCUAGAUAUAAUAAAGAAGAAGGAUCUGAUUCAAGGCAAUUUGGAUCUUCUGAAUCAUUCGGGUUUGUUAAAUAA